ACACUGUGACUGGAGUUGAGUAGAAAGGUGAGCAUUAAUGAUCUGGUGAGAAGAUAGGCUGAGACUCUUCUGGACAAGCCUGACUGGCAGGAUUCCUUUAAAAGCUCAGCCCUGAAGUGCUUUAUCCCCAUCUCCUCAGCUACUGGAAAACUAAAGCUCAAGGAGACUUCUGAAGCAGAACCUGCUAAACUCCUACACUUUCCACAAAUGGCUAAUCCUGGAGGUGGUGCUGUUCUCAAUGGAACUGUUCACAGUAAUAAGAAACAGAGCAACAACUCACAAAGCAAAAACUAUGUGAAGAAUGGAAUUCUGAAAGAAGCCCAGCAGAAUGGGAAGCCACAUUUUGAUUAUAAACCUGAUGUCCGAUCCUACGAUGAAGCGCCUAGGCAUGUUUUGUUCCUAACUUACAUGGGAUAUGGAAUUGGAACCCUAUUUGGCUAUCUCAGAGACUUUAUGAGGAAGUGGGGAAUAGAAAAAUGUAAUGCAGCUGUAGAGCGAGAAGAACAAAAAGAUUUUGUGCCACUCUAUCAAGACUUUGAAAAUUUUUUUACAAGAAACCUUUACAUGCGAAUCAGAGACAGCUGGAACCAGCCCGUCUGCAGUACGCCAGGACCUUAUUUUGACCUAAUGGAGAGAGUAACCGAUGAUUACAACUGGACUUUCAGGCAUACUGGAAGAGUCAUUAAAGAUGUCAUCAACAUGGGCUCCUAUAACUUCCUUGGGCUUGGAGUCAAGUACAAUGAAUCUAUGAAGCCAGUAACAGAAGUUUUAGAAAAGUACGGAGUAGGCGUGCCCAGUAGCAGACAUGAAAUGGGUACCUUGGAUAAGCAUAAAGAGCUGGAGGAACUUAUGGCUAAGUUUUUGAAUGUAGAAGCUGCGAUGAUCUUUGGGAUGGGAUUUGCAACCAACUCAACAAAUAUCCCUGCACUCGUUGGAAAGGGAUGCCUCAUUUUAAGUGAUGAAUUCAAUCACACAUCUAUAAUCCUGGGGGCCCGACUCUCAGGUGCAGUCAUUCGGCCCUUCAAACACAACAACAUGGAAAACCUGGAGGCACUCCUGAGAGAAGCUAUCAUCAAGGGUCAGCCUCGAACCGGCAGAGCCUGGAGAAAGAUUCUCAUCCUGGUUGAAGGUAUCUACAGCAUGGAAGGCUCCAUUGUGAAUCUGCCCAAACUUGUGGCUCUAAAGAAGAAAUACAAGGCUUACCUCUACAUGGAUGAAGCUCACAGCAUUGGUUCUUUGGGCCCAAAUGGCCAAGGUGUCCGAGAGCACUUUGGACUGGACCCUGAUGACGUGGAUGUGUACAUGGGCACCUUCACCAAAAGCUUUGCCGCCUGCGGAGGUUACAUAGCUGGGAAGAAGGAGCUCGUGGAUUACAUACGGGUUCAUUCACACAGUGCUGUUUAUUCCGCAUCCAUGAGCCCCCCAGUAGCACAGCAAAUCAUCAGAUCAAUAAAAAUCCUCAUGGGAGAAGAUGGGAACAAUGAAGGGGCGCAGAAAAUUCAGCAACUUGCAGAAAACAUAAAAUACUUCAGACAGAAGCUAAUAGAAAUGGGAUUCAUUAUCUAUGGCGCUGACAACUCCCCCAUUAUUCCUGUGCUCCUUUACAUGCCUGCUAAAGUGUCGGCGUUUUCAAGGCAUCUUCUUAAGAAGAAAAUCGGGGUGGUGGUUGUUGGAUUUCCAGCCACUCCACUUGCAGAAGGUCGGGCUCGGUUCUGUGUUUCAUCCUCACAUACCAAGGAGAUAUUAGACACCGUUUUGGAAGCUGUCGAUAAACUUGGUGAUCUCCUGAAUGUGAAAUACUUGUCAAAAAAGUAGUCAAGAUGCCCUAUAUGCUUCUCUGAGAAAAGCUUUGACGAUGAGACAAGCUUUGAAUAUGAAGACUAAGUUUCGUAAUCCUGAAUGGAACGUAGACUUUGCCAGAAAGACCUUCCUCCUUGCCUCUGAAGGAACAUAGAUUUUCCUCCUUUCUAAGAAUACUUUUGUUUUAUAAGCCAGCUUAGUUGAUCUGAAGGAGGCAUUAUUAUGCUGUUAGUGUCUCUAAUUCAUGACUAUAGAAACAAAAAUACAGUUCCCAAGUUCUUUCUCCUUUCCUAAGUAUUUGCUAGAAACACAUACACACAACACACUUUUCUUAGAAUACUUUUAAUGGCAACAAGCCUAUGUUUUAGCUGCUACUGUGCAGCCUCUUUGGGCCAGACUCUUAUAGAGGUUCCAACCAAAUGAAAGGACUUUGAUUUUUUAACUCAGUAAUCUCCCUAUAUGCUCACUAGUCAUCUGCACACGUGGGGAAGGGUGGUGGUGAAGAGCUAAGUGACUUGCUCCUUCCAUGCAAGUACCAGCCUUAGUUCAUAUGUAUCAUGAGAAGUUCCAGGAAGGGAGGUCAUGAAAUAUUGCUUCUACCAUUUGCCACAUUGGGACGUUUUUUCAAGGACAAGUGUCAAAAGACACAGUUAAUGUUUAGAGAGAGAGAACAGAACUGGACAGCAGCAAGUGGACAUAGUCUUUGGACAAAACUCCUUUUCCUCUUGCUGUUCUACAGUUUUACAGCUCAGCUUUUAAGGCUAGGAAAAUUCAAGACUCUUGUUUCAUAAAGAAGGGGGCAGAAAUCAGGCACAAGCCAAUUCUAAGCAUAGAUUAAAACUGUAAAACUGAAACAACUUGACCAUUGCUGGUGCUGUGCAGAGUGGAUGUUUAGCAUGAAUAGCUUUUAUUAGUUUAAGGAAUAACUUGCCAUUUUCUUGUUGAAUUCUGAGUAAAUGACAAGAUUAAAUUUCCUUUAGAACUCACUCCCAACAUUACACUUGAAGAAUGUACUCAUUCAAGGACAUUUCUGAGCAAAUUCUUUCUGUCUCUUUCAAGACUAUCAUACAGAUGCAGGUCUAUUUAAAAAAAAAAACAAACUACCAUUUGACACAUCUACUCAGAUUUGGUGACAAGUAGGAAUGUAUGCCAUGGUGCAGCUAACUAUAAUUUAUUCUCUCUCUCUUUCACACACACACAUACAAUAUUCCACAAACUUCUCUGAAAAAUUAGUGCUUUGCUAAUUGGUUCUAGUUGGUAUGGAAAAAGCCAGUGGAAAACCUUAUCUUUAACAACCUCCCAGAUGGUGCCCAGACUUGGAAACUCUAAAGAGCAGUGGUGACCUUUUAGCCAAGCUUCUGCAGCAGUUCGAAUGAGUAACAGAACAUUCCUCUCCAUCAAAUGACACUGUAAACAAAUCACUUCAAGUGAGGUUUAGUUUUGUGUGACACAGAUGGGCCCAAGCUUUCAUGCUGUAUGCUGAAAUGGAAAUUCAACCCAUAGCGCAGUGUUGGAUCGAGCAGUACUAAUACUCAUAGUUGUUUGUGAAAAAGUUGAUCAGCCCAUAAAACUUUUUACAGAUUGUAGCCUCACUGAUCUGUAAUUUCUUUUCUUAAAAAGUGGAUCCCAGAGAAAAAGUUCCUCAUAAAUGGUUUUGAAAAAAAGUAAAUAUUCUAAGUGAAAGAGGAAAAGAAAUGUGUAUUGAACACAUAGCUGCACAUCCAGUGACUGGUUUUUAUAACUAGAUUUCGACUCAAUUGGUGCAGCACUGCUUGUUGAGAGAAAGUACAUGUCAUAUGAACAUGCAAGCAAAGGAAGACAUGUAGGUCUUUCCUAUUUAACAUGUGCAUUUAAGUGAAGUUGCUCUUAAUAAACUUAAAUUUGUGAA